AUGGCAGCAGAGACCGCUCAAGAACUUGUCCAGCUGGACAGAUUCGAGGACAUAUACUCCCUAAAGGGCAAAGUCGCAGUGGUGACUGGAGGAUCGCGGGGCCUUGGACUACAAGCUGCCGCUGGCUUCAUCCAGGCCGGCUGCUCCAAGGUGUUUCUACUCGCCCGUUCCAAGGAUGCGCUCGAUGAGGCAGUAAAGGCCUUGAACAAUCUCGAGACGCCCAACAAGCAUCCCGAGGCCCAAGCCAUUCCAGUCGUUUGUGAUGUGUCGAGCGCCGCCGACCUUGCCGCCGCCGCAGCAAAGGUGGCCGAAAUGACCAGUCAUGUCAAUAUCCUCUUGGCUAACGCUGGUGCCACCUUUAUCGGUGCGCUGGAGGACUACAAGGAGGAGGACUUUGCCAAUGUCAUGAGAGUCAAUGUUGACAGCGUAUUCUUCACUGUUCAAAAGUUCACCAAGCUCCUCGAGCGUGGCGGCACGAUCCCCGACCCCUCACGGAUCAUCAUGGUUUCAUCUGUUGCUGGAGUCGUGAUUGGCGAUGUUGGGGCCAGCGGAACCUACGCCUACGCGGCUUCAAAAGCCGCCGUCGUCCAUUUAAUGCAUAAUCUUGCUGUGGAAAUGGGGCCGAGGCAUAUCACGGUCAAUGUCGUGGCGCCGGGCAUCUUUCCAAGUAAAAUGAGCACGCCGCUCUUGAACCGCUUUGGCGGCAUUGAUGCCGUUUCCAAGCAGGUACCAGAUCAGAAGCUGGGCGUCAAGGAGGAUAUCGCUGGUGUUAUGGUGUUCCUGGCUAGUCGUGCUAGCAGACAUAUGAACGGGGCAACGCUCAUGUUGGACGGAGGCAGCUACCUCGUCAGGGGAUGCGCCUGA